UCAUUAAACACACACCAGCUUGACGGAGCUGAUAGUUGGAACUUUACGAAUUGGACCUCGCCUGUCUCUGGAACGGAGACGAAAGCCCUUUUGUCCAGCAGAAUGAAGCCCGAACCUUUCAAAUCGGCGCUGUCGUUAGAUGACGCGGAGGACACGUCGCUCGCGCUGCCGUCGGAUCGCGAGCUCAGAUCUGCGCAACAGAGAGUUCUGGAGCAGGUUUACACCAUCAAGAGAAGCAAAUCCAAAUACAGAAGCAAAAGUGUGUCUGGAUUGGCUUUACCUAACAGCCCAGAAAGUGACACUGUGUUUUUUGACUACAAGCUCUCUCCUACUGCGGCUCUCAGUGGACCUUCAUUCAAAAGAAGAGACAGAGGAGGAACCAUGACAAAUGGGGCUAAGCAGCGGCAGAGCUUUGUUCGCAAGUACAUGAACUCUCGACAUGGCAGCAUUCAUAGGACAACAAGCACCGGCAGCAGGAAAGAUCAGUCGUACUACGCUCCUACAAACACCCCCGCCACCCAGCCCAGACCCAACAGUCAACUGUACGGCACCAAAGCCUACUGCAGUGCUCCAGACCUUGGCUUCCAACCCAUAACAAAUGGCAGCACCACCCAUCAACAAGGCCAAUCCAACAGACAGACCUUUCACAGGACAGAGAAGAUCUUCAUUCAGCCUGCACUGAAUGGCACUAAUCAACCUUUUGGUUAUGGCACUAGUGUGAGGAUUGCUAACAGUAGUCAGGUGAACAAUGUUCCAACCAUCAACAGACAACCAUCUUCCAUCCAGUCUAAUGGAGACUCCAAGAUGCCAAGACUGGGCAAGACUGGGCAAGCCAAUGUGUCUGAGAUGAACAAAGAGAAGCUGAUGGCUAAUUUGACGAUGAAGGAGGCAGUGGAGUAUCUGUUCAGUUCUGAUGAAAAGUAUCAGCUGUGUGGCUCUGCCUACAUCCAGCACACCACCUUUGCAGAUGACAAGGCCAAGCAAGAGGUGCUGACCCUGAAGGGCAUUCCUCAGCUGGUUAACCUGUUGAACAGCCCCAGUCCUCAGAUCCAGGAGGCAGUGGCUGCUGCCCUGCGUAACGUGGUGUUCAAAAACCAACCUAAUAAAGAGGAAGUUCAGCGCUGCAGAGGAAUCACACAGGCUGUGCAGCUGCUCGGAUACACCAAUUCUGAGAUGCAGAAACACUUGACAGGUUUCCUGUGGAAUCUGUCAUCCGCAGACAGUCUUAAACCUGAUCUGCUCCGCACGGCUCUGCCAGCGCUCACCAAUAAGGUUAUAGAGCCUUUUUCAACCAGUACAGACAACAAUGCCAAUACAAGCCUGGCACCAGAGGUCUUCUACAAUGCCACGGCAUGCCUACAAAACCUGAGCUCAUCCAAACUUGCGAACCGGCAAGCCAUGCGCAACUGUAAAGGUCUUAUCGACUCACUCAUGGGUUACAUGAACAACUGUGUUGAUGCAGGGGCUCCAUAUAACCAGUCUUUGGAGAACUGUGUGUGCAUUCUUCACAACCUCACCUACCAGCUGGAGUCAGAGAUGCCCACUCUCUUCACUAAAAUCAAUGCCCUCAGCAGUUACGCCCGCAAACGUUCCACUCCGUCAGACGCUGGACCGAUCGGCUGCUUCAGCUCUCAGAGCCAAAAGAUUCAACAGGAGAGUGGUUUUGAUUAUCCCGUGAUAGAGGAGAAUAACCCUAAAGGUGCUGGCUGGCUCUUCCAUUCUAAAGCUCUGCAGAUGUACCUGAAUCUGUUGAGCUCUGGUGAGAGAGACGCCACGCUUGAGGCCAGCUGUGGAGCGCUGCAGAACCUCACAGCCAGUGAUGGCAUAGUAUCAAAUGUUCUGAGUCAUACAAUUGUACAGAAGCUGAACGGUCUGAAGUACAUCAGUCCAUUGCUGCAGUCAUCCAAUCCCACUCUACAGAAAAGCGCAAUCGCUCUGCUCGGGAACCUGUCCAGAUCUGCACGUACAAAUAAAAACAUGGCCCGUCAGACUUUACCGCAGCUGGUCGGCUUCCUGAACUCAGGGCUCACAAAGGGCGAUUCCUCGCCCGAAUACGAUGGCACCAUCGCAACCGCAAUUCACAGCACACAUGCCCUGCUGAAGAGCGAUCCUGAGAUGGGCAAGACUUUUCUAAACAACAGCUUGAUCAACUCACUCAACGACAUGAGUCUCAAUCAGAGCCUGCCAAAGGCCAGCACUGCCGCCGGAGUUCUCCUUCACAAUCUGUGGUCGGAAAAGAACAUUCAGAGUUAUCUUAAAAAGAAAGGGCUGAAUAAGAAGUCUUUUGUGAAUGACAUAACGUCGGCAGCUUUCAAAUCACUUCAGGUUGUUGAGUGAAAGUUGCUAAUACCAGAGGGGGAAAAAACUACUCAAACAUAUUGCAUUCUAAAUCUAUUACAUUUUAAUUGCAGUGAAGUAUUUCAGAAUAAUGGUAAGACUUACAAAUGUUUAUUUCUUUUGGGGCAGUGGGCACUUUUUUUAAGAAACAAUACACAAUAAAAUGCAUUUAAAAAUAUCUUUAUUUCUAUUUCUCAAGACCAUAGUAUUUUCAUUCAGUAAAGCAAUUUUUUAUACCCCACUCUUUGUAACUCUUAACAAACUGUUCUAAACUGCAGAUGAUUUUGAAAAGAUAUUUUAAGUUCAAGGGUAUACAGUAUAUAUAUCACUAAGGAGUGAUUAAAAAGUUUGCUGACUCAUUUUUACUCAUGUGCUUAAAACAAUAUAAGGGUGUGGAUCAGUUUGUCAUGUUUUAGCUCAUAAUAAAGUUUCAAUAAAGUUUUAACAGCAGAAGUCAGUAGUCUUUAGCUUCAUUUUAAAUUCAGUGUAAUUUCUUUGAUUUCACAUUAUGUAUUAUGAUUAAUUGUCAUUAUGUGUAAGUAAUUCAAUGUUGAAAACAAACAAUAUAGGCUAUUAAAUAUAUGAUAUGUGUACACAUUAUGGUACUUUGCAUUUAACAGCAUGCAUAGAAAUUACAUUAAAAAAUCGUCAUUAAUCUUCAGUAGCAUUAGCAAAAUGUCUUCAAAUUAUGAAUUAAAUGGACAAAUUCUAUGAUUCUGGAUUUUGUUUUAAUUCUUUGUAGCACUUAAGAUAAAAAAAAAAAAAAAAAUGUAAUAUAACUAUAUUUAUACAUAUUAACUAGACAAAUACCAUGCUGUAGAUAAGGAGUUGUUACCAAUCUGCUGUCAUUUACCAGCACUGUAUUUACUUAAGCUCAACUUCACGGCUUUUUAAAACAGAAAUUCUGUUUCUAAUUCAUUCAUUUUUAUUGCAAAUAUUAAAAAAAUACAUGCA